CACGGGUGAGGUCACACAGGUGACACGGAUGACGUCACGCCUGUCGCUCACCUGCGCAGGUGCGGUGAAGGUCACACCUGGGCACAGCCCCCAGGACCUGGCCCUGGCCCGCGCCCACGCGCUGCCGCUGCUCUCGGUCAUCGGCGACGACGGCGCCCUGUGUCCCCCCGGGGGGGGGUGGCUGCAGGGUGUCCCCAGGUUCCAGGCCCGUCCCCGUGUCGUGGCCGCUCUGGCUCAGCUCGGCCUCCUCCGGGGUGUCCAGGACCACGCCAUGACCCUGCCGCUCUGCAGCCGCUCCGGUGACGUCGUCGAGUUCCUGCUGAAGCGUCAGUGGUUCCUGAGCUGUGGGGAGAUGGCCAAGGAGGCGCUGCAGGCGGUGACGUCGGGGCGGCUCCGCCUGGUUCCCAAAUUCCACGAGAAGAACUGGAAAACCUGGAUGGAGAACGUGGGGGAUUGGUGCCUCUCCCGCCAGCUCUGGUGGGGACACCAGGUACCUGCCUACCAGGUGUGUGCCCAGGAGAGUGACCAGGAUGCCCAGGUGAGUCCUCAAAGUGCCCAGGUGUGCCCCCAGGUGUGCUCAGGUGUGUCCCCAGACCCCGACGUUUUGGACACCUGGUUCUCCUCCGCCCUUUUCCCCUUCGCUGCCCUGGGCUGGCCCCAGCAG